AUGUCCGAGGUCGCUUCACGGCCAUCCGCCUCGCGCGGUCGAGGCUCUGGUCGCGGUGGUAGAGGAGGUUUUGCCGGUCGCGGUGGUCGAAGAACAAACGGUGACAAGGCAGACGCUCAUGCCACGCAAGACUCAGCCAGUGCAUUCGACGAUGAGGGUGACAUCGGGGAGCUGCGGCGGCAAUACGGCGAUAAGACCUCAGUGAUCCGUGAGAUGUUCCCUGAUUGGUCUGAGGUCGACGUGCUUUUUGCCCUCCAAGAAACCAAUGGUGACCAGAACGAAGCCGUGACACGCAUUGCUGAAGGUAACAUUUCUCAGUGGGGUGAAGUCUCCAAGCCCAAGAAGCCUGUUCGAUCGAAGGCGAAGGACACUCCUGGCGCGUCCACCGAAUCGACAGUUGCGCCUCGAUCCUCUCGCGGAGGCCGCAGUGCUACUGAGGGUGGCCGUGGGAGAGGCAGGGCUACGGAUCGAGGAGGUCGCGGUGGUCGAGGCCGGUCCUCUCAGCCCACAACCAAUGGCCCCCGACACACCAAGGAGGGCCAACAGCUUUCCGUUCCUACUGAAGAGUCCACCGCUUUCCCCAAGGACGAAGCCACUAUCGAUGCCGCUGAGGACAAAAGCGAACCUUUGCUUGAGAAGGCUGCCGCUUCUGCUCCUGAAGCCACGAAACCAGUAGCUCCCCAGGCUAAGACCUGGGCCAGUAUGCUUCGACAGUCGACCGCCCCUAAGCCUGCCCCGAUACCAAAAGAGAUCCCUGCUCCCGCACCUCCUGCUGAACAACCAGCUGAACCCGAGCCGACUAUCGAACCUGCCGUCCCCGCCCCCGAACCCGAGCCUGUCGCAGCUGAAGAGGAAUCUACCCCCGUUGUGGAAACCAUCAGUGCUGCUACUGCUGCCAUCCCCCCCGCUGCUAUUAUUGAACCCGAAGUCGCCCUCUCCCCCUCCCAUGACGAACUCACAAAGACGAAUCUUGAACAGGUUGUUGAUGAAUCCAAUCCCCCCGCCACUCAAACGGCUGCGAGCACAACGGCUGAUUCUUGGGAUCCUCGACAGAAUCCUCCUAGCACCAGUGCUACACCACUCUCAGCUGCUCAGCAGCAACACCAGGUUCAACGACAGACAAGCGGUUACGCAACCUCCGCAAUCAAGGCGACUGCAGAGAGGGCUGUCCGCACACCUUCUUACCAGCGACGUGUUCUCGACCAGGAGGAAGCCGUCCGUCUACCUGGAAACCGUGAAGUCGACCGUGCUGCCGUCCAGUUUGGUGCAUUCAACCUGAGUGGAGGCGAUGAUGACGUCGACGGCGAGCGCGAGGAUCCUGAGACUCGUGCCCAACCUCCUGCUGACUCUCCCAUUUCGCACCCUCGAACCUCUCUCCCUCCCGUUUCCCAACCUGCCUCAGGUGUUGAACACAAGGCUAUACCUACUGGUCCCAGUGCUGCUGUGCCUCAAGCCCCUGCUGCACAGGUCGCUCCUACAGGCCCAGCCGCGACCCAGCCUCCUAACCAACAGUUCGGUCGAUAUGGACAGGCUGGCGCUCAGGAAACCCCUGGCGGGCCUCAAAAGCCGCUCGACCCUUUCCACCCUCAAAACACUCCCUCAUCUCAACCUCCAUUCGAUGCAUUCCCGGCGCAUGCCUCCCAGCAGCAGAGCCAGCAGCCAGGUGCUCCCUUCAGCUCUGCUCCUAGCGACUACUCCUCCUACUAUACCGCAAAUGAUCGAACUCCUUAUAAUUACUACGGGCAGUUUGGGCAGCAGGGUGCGCAAGGCCAAGAGGGUCAGCGACCCUUUGGCAGCUACAACCCCACACAGCAAGCCGAUAACUUGAGCCAAUACCCCCAGAGCGCCGCUGUCCAUAACCAGCCCAGAUUCGGUGCCGGUAGCAAUGACGCUCAGAACAGUGGACACUCGACACCCAACCCUACUUCGCAGGCUCAGCAAGCUCAACAGCAAGCCCAACAGCAGGCUCAGCAACAGCAGCCUCAACAGGGCGCCCCGGGUUCCCAGCCACAGUCGCACGGGCAACAGCAGGGAUUCCCCGGAUAUAAUCACCCAUACUACAGCAACCCAUACUAUAACCAGUACUAUGCCGGCUACGGACAGGGUGGUUUUGGACCGUAUGGCAAGGCAGGUAUGUAUGGCCAGCCAUACGGUGUGACCCCUAAUGCUCCUUUCGACCACACAAACUCUCCCGCUUCAUUCGCGCAGACUUCAGCUCACAGGGACUCGGCCCUUGGAUCUGGUCUUGGAGAUUACGGCCGCGGUGGCUCAGCUCAAACUGCUGGAGCACCUGGACUUGGUGGCAGCGGAUUUGGUAGUGUUCACGACAGCUUUGCUCGUGGCUCAUCUACAUUCCAGUCACAGGCACAGGGAUUCAGCAGCCAGACCCAGCAAGGGAAUGGAGCUGCCGGCGAUGACCUGAAGCCUUUCGGAGAAUCCAAGUCUGGUGCUGGGCCAUCUCCUUCUCUGGGCGGAGCUCGACCUGGAUCGGCGACUGCUAGUGCGUCGGGCAGUGCUCCCGCUGGACAGAGCGGACUCCCACCACCACCUACGUCCCAGAUGGGUGCAGGUGCAUAUGCUGGAUAUCCCAGCCACCUCCAGGGUCAUGGGCUUCACGGCGGUAGCGGAUACGGCAUGGGAGGUGCCGGAGCCGGAAACCAGCACGGAUCUACUCCCUACGCAAACUACGGCCAGGGAGGUUUUGGAAGCGGAGGCUACUACGGUGGCCAGCAGCAACAGCGUGGUGGCUGGGGCGGCAACUACCACUAA